AUUAAGCAUUCUAUUGCCCUCCUUUCACAUGUUAUGAUGCAACUGGCUCCGGAAACUGGUUCUGAACAAAUACGGUUAUAUGUGAAAGUGCUGUUAAAAUCUUCCACCCUUUUCUUGCUAGUCUCAUAUGCGUUCACAGGAAUUCGAUUCAAAAAUGAGUGGGAACGGUAAUCAAAACUAUCGGCAUGGGAAUCAGAAAUUGCAGCUGGUCGAGCGAACAAUGGCACAGAUUUUAGACCUGCCUCUGGACAGCAUUGACUCACGCUCCACAGCUUUGCGCUGUCAGGGGAUGCUUCUCAUUCAGGACCUAAGCCAAGAGGAGCCUUCUCAUUGGCCUAAAGAGAAGCUGCUCAGCACCUGCAUUGCCAGCGUCUUUGCCUUGCCCUCGAUUGACACCUUACAAAGUCAGAGCAAGGAAGAAGUUGACGUACAGCACUUGAUGCCCUGGAUGAUAUCAGGACAAGCACAUGAGCGGGCAAGAGCAGUGAACACCUAUGUAUCCCUGUUAAAAUUUGCAGACACCUGCCCCACGUUUCAAGUGAGUGUUGCCCUCUGGCUUGAGGCGACUGGGCAACGGGUCUUGUGAGACCUGCAAAUGUUUAAGA